GGCUUUUAAAGCAGUGGAAAAUUACCAAAUGAGAACAAAGAAGCCAAGUGUUGGAAGGGGAGUAUAUGACUUGAGGAAACUUUGCAUAGGAGAGGAAAAGGGAUGGACUUUUGUAAGGAGGGGAUCUAGUUUAGCUCAGGAAAGAGAAGGCAAGCUGAGCUAGAUGGAUUUGGAGGCAGAAAACUGCUUCAGGAGAAGUCUGGACAGAAAGUGUUCUAAUGAGUGUUGUGAAAAGCAGAAGUCAGGUCACAGUCCAAAUACAGUGGAGAGGUCAGGGAUCCGUAGCCGCAACAGCAGCCUCAGAAACAAAAAGCACAAAGCUUCAAAGUCAGCCAGAAAAGAGGAACCCUAAAACUGGAGUUCUUAUGUUAAACAUGGGAGGCCCAGAAACACUGGAGGAUGUCCACGACUUCCUCCUUAGGCUUUUUCUAGAUAAAGACCUAAUGACGCUUCCUGUACAAAAUAAGAUGGCACCAUUCAUUGCCAAACGUCGCACACCAAAAAUCCAAGAACAAUAUAGCAAGAUUGGAGGCGGAUCACCAAUUAAGAAAUGGACUGCAGUACAAGGAGAAGGCAUGGUGAAACUGCUGGAUGGAAUGUCUCCUCACACUGCACCUCAUAAAUACUAUAUUGGUUUUCGGUAUGUCCAUCCUCUGACAGAAGAAGCAAUUGAAGAGAUGGAAAAAGAUGGAGUUGAAAGGGCUAUUGCUUUCACACAGUACCCACAGUACAGCUGUUCUACCACAGGAAGCAGCUUAAAUGCCAUUUAUCGGUACUAUAAUAAAAAGGGGGAGAAGCCAAAGAUGAAAUGGAGCAUUAUUGACAGGUGGCCUACACAUCCCCUUCUCGUUCAGUGCUUUGCAGACCACAUACAGAAAGAACUGGAUCUGUUCCCACCAGAGAAAAGGAAAGAAGUUGUGAUCCUUUUCUCAGCUCACUCACUUCCAAUGUCUGUCGUGAACCGCGGUGAUCCAUACCCUCAAGAGGUGGGAGCUACUGUCCAAAGAGUCAUGGAGAAGCUGAAGUAUUCCAACCCUUACAGACUUGUUUGGCAGUCCAAAGUAGGACCAAUGCCGUGGCUUGGUCCACCAACAGAUGAAGCUAUUAAAGGACUCUGUGAAAGGGGAAAGAAGAAUAUUUUGUUGGUUCCAAUAGCAUUUACUAGUGACCACAUUGAAACACUCUAUGAACUGGAUAUUGAAUAUGCACAAGGUGUAGCUAAUGAGUGUGGAGUUGAGAACAUCAGAAGAGCUGAGUCCCUUAAUGGAAAUCCAUUGUUUUCCAAGGCACUCGCAGACUUGGUCUGUUCACAUAUCCAGUCAAAUGAAAUAUGCUCCAAGCAAUUAACCCUCCGUUGUCCACUUUGUGUAAAUCCUGUCUGCGGGGAGACAAAAGUCUUCUUCACUAAUCAACAGCUAUGAUACACAGUCCCCACCCCACAGACUGUUUGGACCAUGGCUCAUGUAAUAAUAAUUUUGGAUUAUGCAAGAACAUCACCAAACAGUGCAGCACUGCAGACAGCAGAAAUAAUGCAUACAGACCAAACUGUUCUUUCUGUUACACUGCUCCAGCCUAUUGGUUUCAAUAGUGUUGGACUCCUGUAACAGAGGAGAGUUUGAACUGGAAUAUUUUUUUAAUAUGAGAGGUAUGGAUGAAAGGGAAGGAGAAAAGGGCUUGAUCCUGUGAGAUGCUGAGACCUCAGCUUCUUUCAGCCUUAUGAGUUGGUAGGGUUCAGCAUUUCAUAGCAUGAACCCAAAAGUAAAGCACUAAAACUAGCAAACCUUGGAUACAAAUUGGCAUCUAAGUCUCUUUGCAGGGACUUCUUUAUGCACUUAUGAAUACAUUGACUUCAGCCUUCUAGUUAGUAUAAUUUUUUUUUUUUGCUUCCGAUGCAUUAUUGCCACCACCAUUGCCAGUUAUCUGUUCUUAGACGGACAUUUUCAGAUGGGUUUUGAUGAUCAAGUGACUUCUGAUUCUUUUUAAAAUACCAUGUACCUUUUUAACAACAUAAAUGAUUUGUAUGGUUUUCCCAAAAGAAGAGGAUCUGCUGAAGCCCAGACUGGCUUGGGGGCAAAAUUGUUUACAUUUUCUUGAAACUUUCUCAUUAUCUGCAGGAAACUGCCUAAGAAGAGCAAAAAAUGAAAGAAAAACUCAGAACUGGGCUAUUUUUUUUUUUUUUUUUUUUUUUUUGAGCAUUUGCAGCUUAAUAGAGUUAUGGAACCCCCAUUUCCCCCAACAGCUGGCGGUAUGGUAUGGCUGGUUGCAAGGGUUUUCUGGGUGUGGAGACAAACAGAUGCAUGUGGGGAGAUGAUUUAAAAAAACAAAUUUUUUUUGGCUGGGGUGCUGUUUUUUUUCCAAAAGGGCUUUUUAUCUGUUGUCAAGCAAAUUCAGAAAGUUGAGGCGACUCCCUGUCGGAGGGUUUAUAGAUCUGCUGUGUGCUUUCCGCCGUGUCGCAACGUUGUGGUUUUUGUGGGAAACUCUCUGGAGCUGCGUAGGUGCAAUUGAUCCAGUUUAAUUCAUGUCAUCAAUUUAAAACCCAAAUGAUGUAUUAUGAGAAAUUUACAUUGUGGUGGGUGACUGGGAAGGGGGAGCCGCCUGUCCCUCAUACUUGCAGCAGCCAGAAAUGAAAUAGGGCUCAUAAAUUCUCUAGCCAGAAAUGGAAUAGGGCAUGGUGUAUCCCCUGGGCCGUUGUUGGGUCUCGUAACCACUUCUGGCUAAAUUGCUAGCUGUUAGCAGUGGGCAUUUGGGCACACCAGAAAUGUGGAAUCAAGCCCUAGGUUUAUUCUACAGAACCUCUGUAAAUUUAAACCCUUUUAACUCUGGCACCAGGACUGGAGACAAACUGUCUCUGAAUGGAAAGGAACCUAAUGUCUCAGCUGCUGACCAGCACAGCAUUUCUCAUUUGGGGCUUGAAAUAGGUUCAGAGCAGAGCUCUUGCAGAGCCUGGAUUAGCAUCCCCUUCGUCGCGAGAGCCUUUCACUCCAGGGCAGGAUGAAGCCCAUUUGGUGGAGGAAAGGCAUUGGUCUGAGCUGUCAGCUUCCAAAUGUUUACACUGAGUAAUUAGCAUUGAGAUGCUGCAGGCCUGUUGCAGUUUGUUCUAACCCAGGCAGAUGUUCCUUAAAUUGAUGAAUCAUCUCAUCAUAAGGCGUGGAGGGGGAGGGGCAGUGCUGACACUGAGUUUCAAUUGCCCAGGUAGUUAUGAGGUUUGCACAGUUUGUGCUUCUGAUCUCCAGGGGAUUUUUAAGGAGAAUUUCUUUAGGAUUUUUAAGGUGAUCCCAGGACUUUUGCAAAAACUUGUCUUAUUCUUUCUUUGUUUGGAAGAGUUGGUGUUCAGGGUGCUGGAGAACUAAUGCUAUUGUUAUGUUUGAGCCAAUAGGCCAGAUUAGAGUGUGAGGAUAGGUGAGCUGCAUCUACCUGCCUCAGCCAGGUCCUCUGUGCCAAAGGAGGCUGCUUCCACUGCCUCUGUUCCUUCCUUUCUUGCUGGAAUGCCCUGUGCCGAGGCAGAUGCUGGGGUUAAACCUUUGUAGAUGCCAAGGGAACUGAAACCACUCUCUUUAUGUAAGUUUUAAUUUUCAACCAUUAGGCUCCACCUCACUCCGUACUAUCCGGCCAGUGGUUUUGUACAACAGAACCCAGAUGCUUUGUAGGUCAGAUUCCUUACCCCUUGAACUGAUAUGGGUAUCUUGGCUGCAUGAGAUUUGUGAGAUGAUCUAGCUGUUUCCUGUAAUUUAGGGUUUCUCUAGGCACUGCUGCUCUUAUCACAGAUUACUGCUAAACUCCGAUGAGGGGGGAAGCAGCCAAUAGCUGAGUAGUUCAUCCUUAAUUCAGCAAGCUACUGUGAACUGAACAGGGUGUGAAUCAGCCAGACAUGAAUGAUCCCAGGUUCUACUGCAUAUUUUCUAGACAGCAUGACAAACUUCAGGUGAUACUUUUCCUUUCUUCUGUAUGUUGGCCUACUGGCCUUUUUAUUUACUUAACACAGUCUAUGCACUGCAUAGACAAAGCUUUGUCUCUCCAGGAGCUCUGAUUUGCCUUUUAUAUUCCUUCAUUCCAAGUUAAAGAGUUUGGGGUUUUUUCUGUGCAGGAGUGAGAGGGUUCAUUGAACUCCUAAUGCCUCCUGAGCUUCAUGGGUCUUUAGUGUUAUAUAUUCCUGUUCUCCUUUUCAUCCCUUUCCUUACACCUACUGAUCAUGCUGAUGAGAGAAUAUAGACCUUCAAGAACCAGUUACUGCUUUUUGGUGGAAUUGAUGGAAGUGACCCAAGUGGGUCAUUCAGCAAUAUUCUGCCCUAAGGUGGGAAGGUCUUUGGCCACAUUUGGUGAAUCAGAACAAGGAGUGCACAGUAGGAGUAGAUUUGUCUCCAUUGCCACUUCUCCAACUGCGACUGAUUAAUAGAACGCAAUGUAUGCAUAACGUUUUCCUACCAAUUCCCCUUUCUUCUAAAGGUCUUGAAGAAUACAUUGGCUUUUGGGUAUUGUUUGUGACCUGCACAACUGGAUAUUCACCCCAAGUUGGAAACUGAAGACCAAUACGAACAUCGUAACGCAGUAAAAAUGAUUGGCUUUUUAUUUUCAUAUUGGAGAAGGGUGAGGAAUUAGCUAGCACUAAUUAUGAGGCAUUAAUGCAUUAUUCCCAGUAAUAGGCUGUAUUUAAAGUUGACUUUUAUGCAGGCUAACCACAAGUGAACUAAUUAACAAACCUGUUUAGGGUAUUGUUGCUAUUGGCACAUUGUGUAGUAAUCACUAAUCACUUAAUUUUCCAGCUUUUAGCAGAUGAAUCCUGACUCAAUGAUUUGGUAGGCCUUUUUCUCCCCCUCUUUUUAGUUAACAGAGAAUAUAGUGUCACUCUCUCUUCUAUUUAACACAUUAUUUUGUCUGAGAGAAUUCAGCAGAGCAUUACAACUCUAAUUAAAAAAAGCAUUAUGGUUACCUACCUAUGACCUUUUUUGUAGAUGGUGCAAUAUUUUCUUGCAUUAAAAAUAUAAAUGUGAGAGGAGAAAAACUGAUGAUGUGAAUUCUGCUGUAGACAAAAUACGAUCAGAGUGCACAUUUUAGUAGAAAAUCUGAGUAUGGUCACAAUGAGUUUUUUUGGGAACCUCACAUUUGUAUGCCUUGUCCUCAUCUUACUGCUCUAAUGUUCUGUAUCCUCUGUGGCUUGCUAUUAGGAGACUUGUCUUAUAUUUUGGUAAACUUUUCUGCAUUUGGUUUGCAGCUGAAGCAAGUUGUUAGUCUGUGGUGCUGCUCACUUGGAGUCAGUUCUUGUCUGAACGUUCUGCUCUGGCUGUAGAGAAAUCAGAGUUUGAAAGUGUUCAACAGUGUCCACAGACUUGAGCCUGGGAAAUCUAGUUUGAUUUUUAGUUGCAGGUUACACUCCUUUACAGUUCAUUUGUGAAAUACUUUAUAGCACUUCUUUAUAAAGUGUUAUAAUUUAAUUUUGGCUUGGAAAAAAUGCAGAGAUGGCUGUGGGUGUAAAUUUUAAAGAUGGAAUAUCGAGAUUUUGGUACCUCAUCUGUUUCAUUAAUAAGAGCUGAGCAGCUAUAUCUAAGCACAUGGCUCCAAAAACUGAAAGAAAAACAGCCCUUGAGCCCCGAGGAAAGAAUUGGGGAAAUAACCUUGUGAAACAAAGCGUUUUGUAAGAAUGUGCUUGGGGUGAGGUUGUUGUUUUAAGCCUUGUGUCACUUUGCUCCCCUGUGCUUGCUCAUGCACGUAUUUUCUCUCAACUUAUGUCUUAGGGCUCCUAUACAUGUGCAGGGAGGAGUGCGCAGUAAUUACAGUGCGUAGGAGCAGACUCAAUUAAUUGAGUCUGCUGAAGUGUGCUAAUUGCCGUGCUCUAGCAGGCUCCAGUGUCAUGUGUAUCGGUGUCCCUGUGCUGAAAAAUGGCAGUGGGACACUAAAACUUGAACAAGCUUUAGUUUAAAGCACCCUGCUGCCAUUUUUCAGUGUGGGAAUGCUGAUGCACACAAUGCUUGGGGCACUUCUAAUUAGCGCAGCUCUUGGAGCUGCACUAGUUAAAGCGCCCCCUACCCCCCCACCUCCUGGAGCACAUCUAUAAACGCCCUUAAUUUCCAGCUGUAUUUUAGAAAAAGGAUAUGGCUUCCAAAAGUGGUGCUGUAAUGCCACAGUUACGUGUGUGUGUGUGUGUGUGUGUGGGGGGGUUCUUUAGUACCUAAAAAGGUGGAAUCUAGGACUGCGCGAAGCUUUGCUCCCUGAUUGGACUUGGUGGAGAUUCGGCCUGAUUUGGUGGCUGAAUCUCCAAAUCCAAUUUGAAUUGGAGGACCCUUUAAUCUCUCUGAAUCAAAUCGGAACCCUCCGAAUCGAUUUGGAGAAUUUCAGAAAGAUUGGGCGAUUCAGAUAUAGACACAGUUUUUAAAUGUUUUUUCUACAUACCUCAAGGUACCAGGCGGCUCGUGAAUGCUGUGAUGCUGGAGCGCGUGGAGUGUCCCACAGAAGUGCAGGGGGCUCCCCGGUGUGCUCAGCAGCAGACCCAGAAGUGGACCAGAAGCACUUCUGGUCCACAUCUGGGUCCACUGGAGAGCAAGCAGAGGGGUCCCCCCCAGCUCCCCACCUGGCUCCAUGAUUGGUGCCUCCUGGGUUUGGGGGGCACCUUGGGUCCCCCUGAGGCUGAUCACCAAGCCAGGGGGGGCAGCACACUUCCCGGUGGACCCAGAAGUGGACCAGAAGUACGUCUAGUCUGCUUCCGGGUCUGCUGCUGAGCAUGCUGGGGAGCCUUGAGGUAUGUAGAAAAAACAUUUAAAGCUGUGUCUAUGGCUGAAUUGCUGAUUCUCUGAAUCUUCAGAUUCAGAUUUGUCCGAGGUGAAGACAGUGAUCCGAAUCAACGAAUUGAAUAACUAAUCCCCAGUUCGGGCCAAAUCCGAAUUGAAUAGGGCCCUUUUUGCACACCCCUAGUGGAAUCUUGGCCUGCUACUAAAGGUGAAGUUUUUGCCAUUUGAGUUCAUUGCAGCCAGGAUUUCCCCCAAUAUAGCCAAAAGGUCAUUUUACUUCCCUCUUUACCAAACCCAGAAUAUUGGAACGUUACAUGAACUGCAAGUCAUGAAAGAGGUCAUAAUUUCUUUUAUUAUUUUUAAAAAUAUUUUUAACAUGGAUUUAAAGCAAAUAUUAGUAUAAGAGAUGGAUUUUUUUAGACUGAACAAGAAAUUCUGUUUAGUGUAACAUUAAUUCUUUCUAUAAUCUGAUGUACCAGGUGCCAUUAAAAUGGAUAUUUGAAAUUAAAUUGUUUUUUGAAAUAAAUAAUUGUGAUAUGUG